UCUGCAGCGGACGCGGCAAGUUCUCCCGGCGGUUGGCGUACAUCUUUUCUCUGCCUGUUAGUCAGCUAACGAGCAAAGUUUUCCACGGUGCACACUAAUUUUCCGGCCAUUAGUGGCAUGUCCACCGACGAGGAUUCCCUGGGCAGUCCCCUCAAGCCGGCCACGCCCACUCCCGGCGAACGAGAACGAGAACGGGAGCGUCCCAGGGGCGGAAGAUCGGGUGCCGCGGAUCUGCUGCGCCAUCAGCAGAGCUUCGAGGCCCGCUACAGCGGGAUUAUCCAGAAGCAAAUCUGGGAGACGAGCAUCAACAAGGACGUGCUGGAGCGCCAGUUGACUGCCUAUUUCCCCUUCUCGCGCAGCGCCUCGCUCUCCAAGGAUGGAUCCGGUGGCAUCGAUCAGCUCCUGCCGGUUGCAACCGGCGGAAGUGGCCUGAAGACCCGAUCCCUGGCCACCACGCCCACCCGUCGGCCAGGCGUCUGUCUGGAGAAGCUGGAGACGGUGGACGUGGCCUCCCUCGAACAGCAGAGUCCGGGAAAAUAGCAUCGAAAUCCCCGGGAUUAGGCUAGCACACUCUUUGUGAUGUCCGUAAGGUUGAAAGGCAAUUUAUGACAUUUUUAGACUAA